ACCAGUGGUUUAAUAGGAAGAAACAAUGAUACCAGUGGUUUAACAGGAAGAAACAUUGAUACCAGUGGUUUAACAGGAAGAAACAUUGAUACCAGUGGUUUAACAGGAAGAAACAUUGAUACCAAUGGUUUAACAGGAAGAAGCAUUGAUACCAGUGGUUUAAUAGGAAGAAACAUUGAUACCAGUGGUUUAAUAGGAAGAAACAUUGAUACCAGUGGUUUAACAGGAAGAAACAUUGAUACCAGUGGUUUAACAGGAAGAAACAUUUAUACCAGUGGUUUAAGAGGAAGAAGCAUUGAUACCAGUGGUUUAACAGGAAGAAACAUUGAUACCGGUGGUUUAAGAGGAAGAAACAUUGAUAACAGUGGUUUAACAGGAAGAAACAUUGAUACCAGUGGUUUAACAGGAAGAAACAUUGAUACCAGUGGUUUAACAGGAAGAAGCAUUUAUACCAGUGGUUUAACAGGAAGAAACAUAGAUUCCAGUGGUUUAAAAGGAAGAAACAUUUAUACCAGUGGUUUAACAGGAAGAAACAAUGAUACCAAUGGUUUAACAGGAGGAAGCAUUGAUACCAGUGGUUUAACAGGAAGAAACAAUGAUACCAGUGGUUUAACAGGAAGAAACAAUGAUACCAGUGGUUUAACAGGAAGAAACAAUGAUACCAGUGGUUUAACACUAAGUGUCAAUACAAUGAAGGAUUCAGAAACAAGUGACAAGAGAUCAUAUGCCGCCUUGAGAUCACGUAAUGUCGAGGCAACUGACAUAAAAUCCAUCAUCAGGGAGGAAGGGUUGGUAGGUGCAGGUGAUAGUGGUGGCAACAAAGAAAGAAUAAUACGUGAAAAUUUCUUCGGAAGGCCAGUCCCCAUGCCAAGAACAGCAGAGAGAAUAAGCCAUCACUUUGAGGAACCCCGAGACAUCCGCCAAAACUGGACCUCUAUGUUGAACGAGAUCUUAGGAGAUGGUGAAAACUUUUUAGACGCUGGUAUAGAUUACGGAGAUAUAGAAAGGGUCCAGAGAUACGCUAGCACAAAACGUCAAAGGAAAGGAAAUAAUGAUAAGAAGAAGAAAAAGAAAAAGAAAAAAAAAUGUAAGAAGAAUCCGUGGAAAGCUACAGGCAAACCUUGUAUAGUUCAGGACAUCAUCACCCCUGCCACAACUUUCUUCAACAUCGAUACUUUCUUGACGCAUCUUUUCAACAGCGUGUGUGACCUUGACCCAGCGAAUGUACUCAUGAAAAUAGUAAAUUCCAGCAGUACCAAUUCUAGAUAUAUCAACUCAAUCCCUGUGGCCAGAUGUAACGAAACACUAAUUGGGUGCAGCUUUGGUGAGCACCGUGGGAUAGUUCAAGAAUACAAGGAAAGAAACGCCGAGAUCAACAUUAUCAGUUCCAUUAACAGUUCAAAAUCUGGUGUUCUCCGUUUAGUGUAUAGAGAUGCUAAAAGCUGUACAUGUACUUCAGAUGUUACAAGAGAACCUGAACACUAUCCGAAAGUACUCAACGUGACAGUAAUAUUCGAGGGUAAGGAGACACAAGUGAAAAAGGAAUGUUACCAACACCUAGUGCUUGACUGACACGAUCCACGCCCUUCACAGUCAUGGCGACUACGGAGAUCAUUAGCAUCUUUUAAAACAUGUAAAACGAACGAUCUAAACCUAACAUAACCUGCUUAACCUCAUCUAACUUAACUACAUUAAUAAAUCCUUAGGUUAGGUUAUGUCAGGUCAGGUCAAUAGGUUUGGUUAGGUUCUAUUUGCUUUGAUUCGAAUUUUGAAUUAUCAUUCUUGCUUUCUUUCCGAUAAACCUCAUUAGAGAUGUGGGCUUUAACUUACUUAGUUAUAUCAUAUCUUAAAUUAUGGAUUCCCGAAAUUCAAAUUCGGAGAAAAUUAUAUACUGUAAACAGGCCAACUAAACCUAACCAUCUUGACACACGUUUUACUUAAGUUAGUAAGGUUAACCAAGACUGGUUAUGUUUGGUUGGUUCGUUUUUCUUAUUAAAAUUUUAAUAUAUUAUAACAGCCGCCAAGAUGACCCUACAACACAAACUAUAACAAUCUUUAUCAUCAUCUACGCUCUCCUACCACCAACUCUAUGUCAAUAUACUCUUCUUUACCCCAAAACAUAUUUCUUUCAAUAACUUAUUAAGAUCUGAAAACAUCUAAAAGAAUCGUUAUUCCUGUGAGUCUCCUGUCAGGUGCUUUUUGUGACACUCAGUCAGCCAAUUUACUCUCGCUGUUAGAAAUUCGCUCUAUGAAUAUUCUUCCUUGGUAAAGAUGUAAAAAUAUUCCCCUUAAGAGCAAUAUAAUAUAAUGCUUCAUUAAAUAUAUUGCACUGCAAAACACAAUUUUUCAACCAUAGUAUAAGUAAAUUUAUACAUCUUAGUUACCGUAUCUAUAAAAAUAUUUUAUGUAACUUUAUAUCAAACUUAUUUGUUAAAUGUUGUGAAAAAAAUAAAUGUAUAUAUACUAGUAUAUUCCGAAAUACUGUAUAGAUUUGUUAUUAUGAAUUGUUAGAUACAUUUCGAGAAUAGAUUAGGAUAGGUGUUGUCUAAUAGUAUGACGAGUGAGGUGACGUGUAUUGGUAAAGAUAAGAAUUAUAUUAGUUACAGCAAUAAUAGUAAUACAAUACAUGUUUAUUAUUAUUACCGCCUCUGCUAAUAUACCGCCACGAUUGCUUCUACUGACUAUACUACUAUAAUUUGUGAUUGGUUUAUAGCUGUAUUUUCACUAGUUCUGUAUUAUCACUAUCACUGCCUUGCAUCAGCGUUAUGUAACAUGAGCCAUUAUUCCUGUAAUUAUUGUGUAGGCAUUUGAAGACUGUAGCCUAUCCUACUGUAGAUAGUAGAUACUAUCAUGAAAAUAAACUGGUACCUGAUGAUUUCUCCCCUUAUCAUUACACUUUUAGAUUAAGUAAGUGUAUAUUACUCAAAUUAAUUACAUGUUUGUCAUGAAUAUGUGUACACACAGCUAAAUAAAGUACUAAACUAUAAAAUCAACUUACUGAGAUCACGGAACAACCUUGUAAAGCAAUGCCAGCACGGUUUUAUGCCUGGACGGCUGACACUCUUGCUUUACACUUUCCCUUAUCCUCUUCGUUACUGUUACUGUUACUGUUAGCUGCUUGGGCGGUCGGUCACGUCUCUGUUCCUCAUUGUUGGCAAAUACUGGGCAUGUAUCUGUUGUAUACCUGCGCCAGUUUGGGUCUUGAAUGAACUCACACUCGGUGCGGCCACAACACUAGCAUCGUUAUUACAACAAUUCACAACUGUCACUCCGAAACAGUUUUGAAAAUUUCUGAACUUGUAGUUUCUUCUACCUUGAGCUGUGACUUAUAGAGCAGUGGGCAUCCGCCAGCUCCAGGUAUGAACACUCGAGUAAAUAAUGUCCUCUGAGGUGGUUUCUAUUAAGUCACCCCUUGCCCGCCUAUAGUCUAAGCUGGGCAACUACAGGCGUUCGAUCGAUCGAUGGAUGGAGUAAAGUAUGAAGAAAUCUUGAUGCAGGUGCGUAGAUUGGUGGUACGGGAACUGGACUUGAAGAAUAAUGGUGGAAUUUGGAGGGACUUGGGGUUGGUGGAUAGUGC